CUCUCUUUCUCUGUUUUCUCUCUCUUUCUCCCUGUUUUUUUGUUCUUUAUCUAUCUCUCUCUGUUUUCUCUCUCUUUCUUCUUUUUAUUUUUCUUUAUCGUGAAGAUCAUAUCCACUCUGUGUACCCAUUUGCUUGGGUAUUUCCAGGAUUCUUUUUGAGAAAUUUCUGAGAAACUCUGAGUCAUAUCAUGGAAGUUGCAGGCUUUUAUGUCGGCAUGGUUCAAGCAGUUUCAUGCCAGGCCAUGUAAACUUGGAAAUUACAAGGCCAAGAAAACCAGUCCAAAUAGGACAGGUCCCAGAUGAGUCAUCUCCAAUAAAAUUUAAUACAAUGGAAGUUACAAGGAGCAAAACUCAUCAUCUUCUUCACUUUCCAUUAACCACAAUCUUCUCUCUAUUAUUAAUCCUACUUCCAUGGAUAUCAAAUCAGACAGAAGCAGCCUUAAGCUCAGACAUCCAAGCUCUGUUAAGCUUCAAGUCCCAACUAAAGGACCCCACCAAUUCCAUGAACAAUUGGGAUCCAUCCAUUCAAGGGGCCCCAUGUUCAUGGGCCGGAAUUUACUGUGAUUCUGGCCAGGUCUCCGGAAUUUUGCUCGGAAGCCGAUCACUUUCUGGUACCCUCUCUCCUUCAAUUUCAGCCCUCCACUCCCUCACCACCCUCAACAUCUCGGACAACUCCAUUUCAGGACACCUCCCUGUAUUGGACCUCCCUCUCCUGAAAAUCCUGGACUUAUCUGGAAACCAGUUUUCAGGUGAAUUUCCGGGAUGGGUUGGUAAAUUGACAAGCCUCAUUUCACUCAAUUUCGCUGGAAAUGGCUUUUCUCCAGGGAGGAUUCCAGCGAGUUUGGGUAAUCUCAAGAACCUCACUGAGCUCUGCAUGUCUUACUGUAGUUUGAAUUUUGACAUACCUGAGUUUAUAUUUGAGCUUCGAAAGCUUGAGAGUCUCGACCUUUCAAUAAAUAAUCUCACUGGAAAAAUCCCAAAAACAAUAUCAAAUCUGCAGAGCUUGUAUAAGAUUGAGCUCUACGAUAACAUGCUUACUGGAGAGCUACCACAAGAGAUUGGGAACCUCAGUUUGUUAAGAGAAUUUGAUAUUUCCCACAAUUUGAUGACAGGAAAGCUACCAGAAAGCUUGGGUGGCCUCAAACGUUUGACUGUGUUUCAGUUGUAUGAGAAUGAGUUUUAUGGGGACUUGCCGAAAGGAUUUGGAGAUAUGAGGAAUUUGGUGGGGUUUUCGAUUUAUCGGAACCAAUUUUCGGGAGAGUUUCCUCCAGAAUUUGGAAAAUAUUCCCCACUAGAAAGCAUUGACAUAUCAGAAAAUGGAUUUUCUGGGGAGUUUCCAGCCAAUCUUUGCUGGAAAAACCAGCUUUGGUUCUUGCUUUCUUUGGAGAAUAGAUUUUCAGGGAGGUUUCCUGAAAGCUAUGCAGAGUGUAAGUCUCUGAUAAGGCUUAGAAUCAGUAACAAUUACUUUGUUGGGGAAAUACCAGAAGGAUUAUGGGGAUUGCCUAAUGCAAGUAUCAUUGAUUUUGCUGAUAAUGGUUUCAAUGGGAGCAUUGCUUCUAUGAUCAAGCAAUCAGUUAAUUUGAACCAGUUGUUUAUACAAAACAAUGGUUUCACUGGUGAAAUACCAUCAGAAACAGGAUUUCUAAAACAAUUGCAAAAGUUUCAUGGAUAUAAUAAUAACUUUCAUGGAAGAAUCCCUGAAGAAAUCGGGAAUUUGAACCAGUUGUCGAGCUUAUAUCUUUUUAAAAAUAACUUCUCAGGAUCGAUUCCUUCGAGCAUUGGUGCAUGCAGUAAAUUAACAGAUGUACAAUUGGCCGAGAACUCACUGACAGGGGAUAUACCUUCGGGUUUAGCCAAUCUUCUCUCUCUGAACUCUAUGAAUCUGUCCUGGAAUUUGCUAACUGGGUCAAUCCCAAGAAAUUUUCAGCUUCUAAAACUAAGCUUAAUAGAUUUCUCGCACAACAAGUUAUCAGGGCCCGUCCCUUCCGGGCUUCUAUCAAUGGCUUCGCUAAAUGCCUUUGCAGAUAACUCAGGCCUCUGCAUCAACCAAAGGAUUCCAUUAGAGAGAGAAACCCAUAUCCCCACCUGUAAAUCAAGCCCAAUGCAUGGCAGAAUCUCAGGAACAACAGUGGUUUUCCUCUCCAUAUCAGCAGUUGCAGUAGCAAUAACCUUAACAACCACGAUCAUGCUUGGUUACAAAAGAAUCAAAGCCGAACCCAUUAACGAUUAUAGUGAAAGAGAAGACCCAAAACAAAGAGACGAAGACCCAAAUUGGAAAUUCAAGAUGUUUCACCAAACAGGUUUCGAGGCCGAUGAAAUAUGUUAUCUUAAAGAAGAGAAUUUGAUUGGCACAGGAGGCAAUGGCAGAGUAUACAGAGUGGAGCUGAAAAAUGGAGAAAAAGUAGCAGUGAAAGAGCUCUGGAAAGGGUCUGACCUCAAGUUUAUGAGAUCAGAGAUUGAGAUUUUGGGAAAAGUGAGGCACCGAAAUAUAGUGAGGCUUUAUGCUUGUCUUUCAAGAGGGGUCUCAGGAAUUUUGGUAUAUGAAUUCAUGGAGAAUGGCAACUUGUUUGAAGCAUUGAGGAAGAGGAGAGAGGAGGAUGAGAAAAGAGAAUUGGGAAAGAUUGAAAAAGAGAAGAGGAAGAGAGAGAAAGAGUUGGAUUGGGUUCAAAGACAUGGGAUUGGAGUUGGGGUGGCAAAGGGGCUGGCUUAUUUGCACCAUGACUGCUCGCCUGCGAUAAUCCAUAGAGAUAUAAAAUCAAGCAAUGUGUUAUUGGAUGAAGCCUUGGAGGCUAAGAUCGGGGACUUCGGAAUUGCAAGGGUGGUUAGCGAAGGGGGCGAGGCAAGCUCAGGGUUUGUGGGAACUCAUGGAUACAUCGCUCCUGAACUUGCUUAUUCCAUGAAAGCAACAGAGAAGAGCGAUGUGUACAGCUUCGGAGUUAUCCUUCUCGAGCUUGUAACUGGUAAGAGGCCUUUAGAGCCCGAGUUUCAAGAAGGAAAAGACAUUGUGGAUUGGGUUUGUUCUCAUCUGGCUACGCGAGAAACAGCAUGUUCUAUUUUGGACACAAGAGUCUCAGACUAUUAUGAAGAAGACAUGCUCAAGGUGUUGAAGAUGGCCACACUCUGCACAACCAAGCUCCCGACUCUGAGGCCAUCAAUGCGAGAAGUGGUGAAGAUGCUCGUUGAUGCCGAACCAUGCGUUAGUGGCAUCAAGGACAAAUUAUCAGAGAGAUUUGACUGCAUUGAAUCAGAGGCCUCAACAUUUUUAUUGGCAUAUACAUAUCAGAGAACAAUUGUGUGUUCUAUUCAUUCACAGAAUCCACUCUCUCUCCCCUCCAUCCCCUUCCUCUCUCGGCUACGAAGUGCAAACCAUGAAACUCAUCAGCUCUUCUUCACUUUCAAAACCUUCAACCCCAAAUCCAUGGCACCCAACAACACACUCCUCUCCUUCUACCUCCUCCUCUUCUACCUCUCUCUCUCCUCCACCCUCCUCCCCACCUCCUCUCUCUCUACACUAGCGAUCGUCACCACCCCGAACCUCACAAUUGUUUGCGCCAUCCAACAGUCCUCUGAAAACCAGGCCAUCCAAUGUUCCUCACCCCAACUCAACAGCACCACCUUCGCUCUCCUCCCCAACGUCUCCUUCGCCGGAAUCGUGGCCGCAAACUCAACGCUCUACGCUCUCAGGCAAGAUAUCCCGAACAUCCAUUCGUGGGAGUUCUGGAAUUUCUCCGGCGGGACCCCACCCCCCCCUAAACGCAUAUCUAAGAACCUCACUGUGUUGGAGUUGGGGGCGGGCGGUGCUCGCCUCUGCGCCCUGGCGAAUUCCUGGCCUAUUUGUCUGAGAUGGCCGGAAUCUGACCCCCGCCCCACCGGAAUUCUAUCUGGAAUUGCUGUGGGGGAAGACUUUGUGUGUGGGAUUCCAGAGACUGGCACUCAGGCCCGGUGUUUUGGACGACAGGAUUCGAGAGCUUUGAGCACUGUCCCAAAUGUAAGAUUCCAGCUACUGGUAGCAGGAAUCCGGGAAAUUUGCGGGAUCACAUUAGCCGGAAUGGUGGUCUGUUGGGGCGAUACAACUUUCCCAGCAGUGCCUGUACACGAGCCAUUUGAAUUCAAUGGGCUAGCUGUGGGCUCAAAUGGUGGGUGCGCUCGACGAGCCCAGAACGGUGCGGUUGUGUGCUGGGGCAGCCAAAGAGGUCCGGGUUUCGAAUCCCCAUCCGAUGUUAGGUUCAUCUCAAUAGUUGCAGAGGGUAAUGUGUUUUGUGGGGUUAAUGAAUUUAAUUUUUCAGUUGUUUGUUGGGGGGGUGAUUUUCGGACAUGGCAGGCCUUGGCGCAGGCGCUACCAGCUCCUUGCGCUGAGAAUUGCAGUUGCAGUAAGGGUCUUCCUGGCACGGGCAUUGGCUCUGGGAUUUGCUCUGGAAAUCGACAGGUUUGUGAGCCUUGUGAUCUCUUUCGGAACCAAACAACUCCGGCACCGAAGCCUUCGGUGAAUUUCCCGCCACCGCCACAACAAAAUGAGAACCCGACACAGACUGCGCGAAGUGGCGGUGGAGUGAGCAGACGGAACGUUGCGUAUUUAGCAGUGGGCUGCACAGGAAUGGGCAUAACACUGGUGUCUGCCUUGUGCGUCAUCUUGGUCCGGUGUUAUAAGGGGCGGAGGUGCCAAGUGCACGAUUCAGGACCGCUGGAUGACGCCCCCCGCCUGCCAAGCGCAGGCACAACCGGCUCUGGAGACAGGCAGGGGCAACCUCAACGCACCGGCUCUGCAUUAUCUGUCAAGGUGCAUGGCAUUUCACGGCGAACGUCGAGGCUCAGCACUAUACUAAGCAAUUCAGGGGGCAGCAAGCUUGAGGAGUUCGAGUUCCGGGCUCUCGAGCAGGCCACGGAGGGGUUCUCAGAGAAGCACAAGAUCGGGUCAGGGGGCUUUGGUUCAGUGUACAGAGCAAUGCUGGAGGAUGGCAAUGUAGUUGCAGUGAAGCGGGCGGAGGCCUCUGCAGGCGGCACCGGGCGAGUGGACAAUGAUCGUGCCUUCCAAUCUGAGCUUGCGGCCCUCUCGCGCCUCAACCACCGCAACCUCGUCGAGCUUCUCGGUUUCUGCAAGCACGACAAUGAGCGCAUUCUGGUAUAUGAGCAUUGCCGGAAUGGCACCCUCCACGACCACCUCCACCCCCCUGACCAAGCCCAGACAGAGGCCGAGGCCCAAGCCCAUCUCCUCUCACCUCUUCGAACCUGGCCAGGCCGCAUUCGGGUGGCCCUCGACGCGGCUCGAGGCGUGCAUUACCUCCACGCCUAUGCCGUGCCCUCGAUCAUACACCGUGACAUCAAGCCCUCAAAUAUUCUCUUGGAUAGCACCUGGACAGCGAAGGUCUCAGACUUUGGGCUCUCGCUCAUGGGCCCCCCAGGCGGGGAAGACGGAGCUUCCCACUUGUCAAUUCGAGCUGCCGGGACCGUCGGGUACAUGGACCCGUCCUAUUACAGACUCCAUCGGCUCACGAUGAAGAGUGAUGUCUACAGCUUCGGUGUCCUGCUCCUAGAACUACUCACAGGGCUCAGGGCAAUCCACAAGGACCACGAGACCGGCGCACCGACGAAUGUGGUCGACUAUGCAGUCCCCUACAUCGUUGCCGAUGAGAUCCAUAAAGUGCUGGAUCCAAGACUGCCUCCGCCAAGGCCGUACGAGAUCGAGGCGGUGGCAUAUGUGGGGUAUAUGUCUGCCGACUGCGUGAGCCCCGACGAGAAAAACCGGCCGUCGAUGGGCGAGGUCGUCGCAAGCCUCGAGCGGGCGCUGGCCGCCUGCCUGCACCCGCUCGAAGAGGUCCAGGAGUCGGAGGAAGUCGAGGCCAGGUAAGGAGCACGAUACUUCCUAGAACAGGUCAGCACACGUGUGAGUGAAUAGCAUAAACAUUGCUUGACAAAUCAAACACACAUGCGAGUGGUUUGUGUCGCCUUUCACAGGGAGCACACGUGUGGUGGAAGGAUACCAAUUUAUGAGUGGGGCAAGCAAUUUCGGGUUGUUGUUCACCCACACGUUUUAGAUCCAACGGUGGAGAUUUGGAGGAUGGCUAGAAGAAAAUUGAAGGUGGCCCCUCGGAUCAAAAGUUGGGCCAAACAAAAAGGCAUUGAUUGGACCACUACCUAAGCAGUGGGACCCUAUUCUUUUGUGUCCAUAUUUAUUUUUGCUAUUUUUGUAAUUCU